AUGUCAUGUCUUUAUAUGAUGGGUGUUCUUUAUCGUUUCGUGUUGGUGUAUUUGAUGGACGUAUGCGAUGCGCAAAAUAAAAAAAAUGAUGUCAGGAGUGUCGGUGCCUUGUCAAGUUCGGAAAAAGGAUUCAAUUUUAUGGAAAUCAAAUGGAUCUGGAUCUUGCGAGAAGCAAGAAAUUUUGAUCAUGGUCACAUGAGAUCAAUAAAGCCGAACUCUGGUCCCUUUACUAUCAAUACAAAUUCGAACUCUUGGUGGACAACUUAG